UGUUGCGAACACCCGCUGUGUGUCGGAUUUCCCUCUGUGUUCCGUGUUUACUCCGCGCUCUCAGCAUGGAAAGGCUGCGCUCCCUGCUGCAGAGGACACUGGGGACGGUGAGACAGCACAUGGGCACUGACCAGUUCGGGAAUAAGUAUUAUUCCAUUCCUGAGCAGAAGACAUGGACAGGCCAAGCAAAUAGAGCAAAAAGAAUUGUGGAACCUGCGCAGAAAGACCUGUACAAGUAUGAGGCUGGACAUAUUCCUACCGAAUGGGAAGCAUGGAUCAGAGGCAAAAGGAAAGACCCUCCGACAAUCGAGGAGAUUCUCAAGAAUGAACAGAUAAGACAGGAAAUAAGCGCCAAAGGGGAAGAAUAUUUGAAGACUGAAAAGGCAACGCCGAACAUAGAAGGCAAAGAUGGCGCUGAGGCCCAGCCAGUGAAAACGCAGAUUAAAGGACACGCUUCUGCUAGACUUUACGAAAAACAAACCCCAACUGAGGAACCAACAAGCACCGCAAAUACAUUUGUGCCCGGAUCCUGGAACCCACAGAAAAAGUAGCAGGAAUUAUUAUUGGAUUUUCCGAGUCUGUCAGUUCUGGCUAUUUGUUGUUGAGGUCUAUAAAGACGCUUCAGUUUAUUUGAAAAAAAGUUUUAAAUAUGGGUUGAAUUGCCCAAAUUAAAAUUUAGAAAAUAGAAUUGCUCCAUCAUCGUUUCAUAUCCAUCAGUUGCAAAUUACUUCAUUCUGACUAGAAGGAACGUGUUAAAGUCCUGCAGGUAUAAACCGAACAGGACGCGAACGGUUCUGUACAUCACAGUUUUUUUCAAUUUAGGUUCACUCCAUGUGGUUUUCACCCACAAAUCUCAUCAGGCCAGGCAUCAUACAUACCCGUUUACACUAGACAACAUCCCAAUACAGCCUGGAGGUGUGAUCACCCCAAGCAAAGGGCUUGUGCACACCAGCAUGUCUGCCCCAGGCCCGUGCUGCGGACCGCAAACUGCGGGUCUGCAAUAUACGGACACUGACCGUAUACACUCCGUAUCACAGAUCCACAAUCCUCAACAUAUGAAGCGGUGCAGAGGCAUGGAUCAGAAGUCCACAUAAACACUACAAAGUGCUUCAGUGGAAUUUUUUGGAAACCGCAUGCACACGGACAACGCCCAUGCAUUGCGGUUCACAGUGCGGGUCGCACACGCAGAAAGCAUAGGAUAACAGAAAAGUACAUAUACGAUUAUCUUCAAAAAAUUUACUAAUUUAUUUACAUCUGGGAAAUAAAAAGUGGAUAUUAAAAUAAUGUAUAUGGGUUCAUUAACCAUUUCACCACCAAGAAGGUAUGUAGUAUGUUUUGUUUUUAAAUUCCUGCCACGGUUGGAGUGCAGGGGUUAGGCUUCCUUCACAUGAGCAAUAUGGAUUGUGUCAGGAAAAAACUGAUGUUUUUUUUUUGCAAUUGAGUUCAAUGUGCAUGUGUUUUUUUUCACGCGCACGAAGAAAAAUCUGAAAUAAAAAUCUACAUCUAGCAACCAUCAGCGAAGAACGCAUUGCAUCUGGAUGCCUUCCGUUUCUCACGCAAGUCCCGUUCACUUCUAUGGAGCCAAAGCUGCGUGAAAAAGAGCACAAUAUAAAACAUGCUGCCAUUUUUCCUGAACGUAAAGAGGUUGCAUGAAAAAUUAUGUAAUUUUAAAGUAUGCAAAUGAGCCUCUAGGAGCAACAGGGGCGUUUUCAUUACACCUAGAGGCACUUUCUGCAACUGCCGCACCCUCUGCGCUUUGACUGUAGAAGACCUCAGGGGUGAUGACGUUUACACUGCCUGGCCCUGUCAAUCACAGCACAAUGGGCACGUCCCUUGCAAAAAGACCAGAGCCUCUAGGUGUAACAGCAACGCCCCGUUGCUCCUAGAGUGUCAUUUGCAUAUAUUAAAACUAAAUUUUCCUCAGCAAUGCGGGCACAUAGGAACAUGGGACCAACACAAAUGCCUUCAGCUGCCAAGCGCACAAGUAACAGGUCAGCCAGUUUCAUAGGUACUAAUCUGCUGACAGAUGCCCUUUUAAGGGGUCUUUCACACAAACAAGUUUUCUGUCCGGAUGCGAUUUGUGUAGAAAACGCAUAGCCUCUUUAAUCUUAGCUUUCAGACGAUACCAAGCUAAUUAAUCUAAAGUGCCUUGCAAAAGUAUUCACCCCCCUUGACUUUUUCAUAUUUUGUUACAUUACAGCCUUAAGUUCAAUGUUCUAUUAAUCUGAAUUAUCUGUGACUGAUCAGAACACAAUAGUCUAAGUUGGUGAAGUGAAAUGAGAAAAAUAUAUAAAUAAAACUAUUGUUUAGAAAUAGAAAACAGAAAAUUGGCAUGUGCGUAUGUAUUCACCCCCAUUGUUAGGAAUCCCAUAAAAAGCUCUGGUGUAACCAAUUAGCUUAAGAAGUUAAAUAAUUAGUGAAAUGAUGUCCACCUGUGUGCAAUCUAAGUGUCACAUGAUCUGUCAUUACAUAUACGCACCUUUUUUGAAAGACCCCAGAGGCUGCAGCACCUAAGCAAGAGACAUCACUAACCAAACACUGCCAUGAAGACAAAGGAACUCUCCAAACAAGUAAGGGACAAUGUUGUUGACAAGUACAAGUCAGGGUUAGGUUAUAAAAAAAAUCCAAAUCUUUGAUGAUCCCCAGG